GCGCCCCCUGCUGGAUGAUCCACAGCUGCUCUCAGGAGCUCUGAUAGACGAGGCCAAACACCUGGGCAACCUGAGCUUCAACAUCUGGAACAAGAUGAAGGACGAGGUCUCCUACAAGCCUGUGAUCCUGGACCCAAAUACUGCUUAUGCAGACUUCAUCCUGUCUGAUGAACUGACCAGUGUGAGAGAACAAAAGAGAUGGGGAGAGCAACUACAACUUCCUGGUAAUCCCGAGAGGUUGGAUCGUGACUACAUAGGUGUCCUGGGCUCUGAGGGCUUUGACUCAGGGACUCACAGCUGGGAUGUCGAGGUUGGAGAAAGUACACACUGGGAACUGGGUGUGUUAGCACAGUCUGUCCAGAGGAAGAGAGACAUGCAGUCUGGAAUAUGGAGCAUAGUGUUCAGAGAAGUUGAAUACGCAGCACGGUCACUACCAGAUCCAGACACCGAUCUCGAGCCGGACACGCCGCCCCGGAGGAUCCGAGUGACUCUGGACUGGGACGGAGGAAAGCUGUCGUUCUAUGAUCUUUGUACUAACACACACAUACACACCUUCACACACACUUUCACUGAGAAGCUGUUUCCAUUGAUUGACAUUAAGGGGAUGGUGUUUGUUUUACCACAGAAGGUCUGUGUGACUGUAGAACAGAUGAAUGACUAUGAAGCUUAUAAGGAUUAUGUGGAUAAUGAUGAUGAUGGUGGUUAUGAAGGUUAUGAGGAUUAUGAUGGUAAUGAGGAUGGUGAUGAUGAUGAUGAUUAUGAUGAUUAUCAUUUCAUUAUGGGAUAAAGCAACAACUUUUUUUUAAGAUAAUUUUUGGGGCAUUUUUAGACCUUUAUUUGACAGGACAGCUGAAGACAUGAAAGGAGAGAGAGGGGGGAAAGACACGCAGCAAAGGGCCGCAGGUCGGAGUCAAACCUGCAGCCGCUGCCUUUGACGAGAGAACCUCUAUAUAUGGGCGCCCGCUAACCAGCUAACCAGGGGCCCAAAAACAAGUUUUUUAUAGUUAGAGUCAAAAGAUUUAUUAACAGCAAAUAGUAGAAACUUUCAAAAAUCAGCCAAGCAUGUCAUGUUUUUGAUUCGGUCUUUUUGUUUGUUUGUAUGUCAUCAGAAUUACAGAAUAACAAUUGGCCCGAUUUUUAUAUAACUUGGUGGAAGAGUGUAGCAUGGACUGAGAAAAACCCAUUACAUUUUGAUCUGAAUCACGGGGCAGAUACACAAAUUAUUUGUGCAUUAACAUUGCGAGCUACAGCAUUUGUGUUGCAUUCAAGUGGUGUAGGAAUUAUUGGAAAAAUGACUUCCUAACUGGGAAAAUUGACACUGCAUUAACAUUAUGAGAUAAAGCAUUCCUUGGCGAAGGUCUGUGCUCUCCGAGUGCUCUUCUAGCUAAACUUAUUAACCCUCCUGUUGUCCUCGGGUCAAAUCUGACCCGUUUUCAAAAAGUUUCUAUAUCAGAAAUUUGGGUUUCUUUCAAUCAAAUUUGAAAACAA